GGUUAGAGCUCCUUCAAACUCCGUGCCUCCCUCUGAGACUGCUUUCCCUGGACUCUUCUUAAACAUCUUUAACAGGGAGCCGCGGCCGAGAUGCUCAGACGCAGCUUCUCCUGCAAGGGGAUCCCGUUCUCUGCAGAGAUCUACGACCCCGAGACGAUCGACUUCGUAGGGAACUGCUUCCAGGUGCUGGACGACGACAUCUUUAGUGUUACCUACCCCAAGUCAGGUUCCAACUGGAUGCAGGAGAUCCUGACCCUCAUCUGGCAGCAGGGGGACCCGUCCUGGAGCCUCAGUGUGCCCAUCUGGGAGCGGAUCCCCUGGCUCGAUCUCUCUGAGAACAUGGAGAAGCUGAAGGCUGCAAAGCCCCCCCGCCUCAUCAGCUCCCACCUGCCCAUCCAGCUCUUUCCCAAAUCCUUCUGGGGCUCCAAAGCCAAGGUCAUCUACACCGUCCGUAACCCCAAGGACCUGCUGGUUUCCCUCUAUCAUUUCUCCAAGCUGGCAAACUUCCUGGAAGAGCCAGAGUCCCUGGAGGAGCUACUGGGUGCCUUCCUGCAAGGGGAGGUUCUGUUCGGCUCCUGGUUCGACCACGUCAAGGGCUGGCUGGGGCUGCGGGGCCGCGAGAACUUCUUCUGCAUCAGCUACGAGGAGCUGCAGGAGGUGGGGCAGGACGGGGAGGGUCGAUCGCAGCGGGGCCAGAGGACCUAG